AUGGAUAAAAUCAGCAUUGCGCCGUUUAAUCGAUUGGUGAAGCUGGCGGCUAGGGCUUUUUACGAUGAUGAUAUAAUAACAACAACAAAAGGGGAGAAUCAGCCCAAGAACUGUAAUGGAAGGAUUGACAAUCGAGGAAUUGCUGUGGUGGUUUUGGAUGCACUAACAAGGAGGCAAUGGGUAAAGGAAGAGGAUCUGGCAAAGGCCCUGAACUUGCACUCGAAGCAACUACGCUGUACUUUGAGCUUCCUCGAAUCAGAAAAGGUGGUUACACGACAUCAUCGGAAAGAGAAAGCAAAGGGCAGAGAAGGAGAUGAUAAAAUCAAGUUUCAUAUCCAAUCGUUUUGUUGUUUGGAUUACGCUCAGAUGUAUGAUGUUUUGAGGUACAGGCUUCAUCGCAUGAGAAAUUUGCUAAAGGAUAAACUUGACAACAAGAAUACUGUUCAACAAUAUUCAUGUCCAAAUUGCGGCAAGACGUAUACUGCGCUGGAUGCUUUUCGGUUGGUUUCUAUGGAAGAUGACUAUUUCCAUUGCGAGAAUUGCAAUGGACAACUUGUAGUACAGAGUGAAAAACUAACUGGUCUACAAGUAGUGGGAGGACGGCGUGACAAGUUAGAAGCAAUGCUCAAGAAGAUGGAAUCACAACUGAAGCCAUUGACAGAUCAACUCUACCGAGUCAAAGAUUUGCCUGUUCCUGAGUUCCGAAGCCUCUUAGCAUGGGAAGCUGAUCAAGCGAAUACUGAUCGAGCAAAUAGCGAUCAUCUUGAUGGAAAUAUUGAUCCUUCUAAACCAAAGGCCGAAGAAAAUAUUAAAUCUUCUGAGACAAGUACUACACAAGGAGUGAAAGUGAUACCCCCGUGGUUGAUAAAUCAAGGCAUGAAUCUUACAAAGGUACCGCUCGGAAAGGUUACGGAAGAGGUUACUGAAGAUGGUACUAAAACAGCUGUUGAAUUAUCUGAGGAGAAGAAGCCUGUAACUGAAAACAAAGACGUGAUGAAGACUUACCAGGAUGAAUAUCUCAAGGCGUAUUAUGAAGCUCUAAUGAAACGGCAACUUGAACAAGAAGCUGCGAACAGAGAUAUGAUAUUCCCCAAUUAUGAUGUUUCCAAUCGUGCUUCAAGACAAGUGGGAAUGAAAUCUAAACAUGAAGAGGAAGAUGACGGAGAUGAUGUCGAAUCAAAUAGGAAGAGGCAGCUCUUGCAAGCACAACCAGUGGAGGUCAAUGAAAUAAAAGAAGUGGAUGAUUCAGGGAAUGAUGAUGAUGAUGGUUUGGAUUGGGAGGACGGCUAA